AUGACCGCUCCACCCCGCAAAAUCAACCUCGUGCGAAUAGCACACAUAAACUAUACUUACCAAAAUCUUGAACGAGCCGAAGCCUUCUUCCGCGACUUUGGCUUCGUAGAGGCCUCUCGCGAGGGCACUCGCGUAUACUACCGGGGCUACGGGCCCGAACCCUUCGUCCUCUGCGCCGAAGCCGGUGCCAAAGACGGCUUCGGCGGCGCGGCCUUUGUCGUCGAGUCCGAGGAGGAUCUUGAGUAUGCGUCCAAGACGCUCCCCGGGGCUUCGGAGCCGUACGAGUUGAGCAAGGCUCCUGGUGGAGGCCGGUGCGUGACGUUCGAGGGCGGUGUUGAUAAGUUUCCCUUUCACCUUGUUUCCGGGCAGGAGAUUCGUGAGAAGGCGACGGUUUUUCCGGAGCGAGACUUCAAUUUUGUAUGCAUAGACGUGCUUCUGCUCCGACUGAGAAGCACAGAGAGGCGGGCACAUUUCAGCGGUUUGAUAAAGGUAAGUCGAGAUCUCAACGUGUUUUUGGUCAAGUCAACUUACAAGUCUAUUGGUCCGGCACCGGUGCACAAACUGGGACACUUUGGCGCGUGCGUGACGGAUUUUCAGCAAACGUACGACUUCUUCACGACUCGGUUCAACUUCAUCCCCAGCGACCUCGUGCACGACGAGACCGGACGCAACGUCACAGUCUUCCUACGGCUCGACCGCGGCGAAGAACUCGUAGACCACCACUCCUUCUUCUUCUUUGAGGGCCCAAAGUUCCACGUCCAUCACGCCUCCUUUGAGACCCACGACUCGGAUCUGCAGUUCCUCGGGCAUGACUGGCUUCGCGAGCGGGGGUAUGAGAAUUGCUGGGGCGUUGGGCGGCAUGUCAUGGGGAGUCAAAUCUUUGAUUAUUGGUUCGACCCUAGCAAGUUCAUCUUUGAGCACUACGUCGACGGCGAUCAAAUGAAUAGUUCUCAUCCGCCGAAUCAUUCCAAGGCGUCUCCUGAUAGCCUUCACAUCUGGGGGCCUGAUCUCCCGGAGGGAUUCUUACUUUGA